CAAGUGGUCGAUAUAAACUCAACAGAGGGGAAGAGGACUGUGGAAUUAAGAAGUGAAGUAGAGAUGAAGAGAAAGGAGGGCUGUCUGUUUGAGAUGAGAAGAGGGAAGGGAAGGCCGUGGUGGUGGUUGUACGCGGCCUCAAUGCUGCUGGGGUUGCACCUGAUCUGGGCUUACAGGGUCACGCACUUGCCUGUGGCCGGAGAGAAGGGGAGGUGGGCGUGGAUGGCGAUGUUCGCCGCCGAGCUAUGGUUCGGCUUCUUUUGGUUUAUCAGUUUUUCUGUUCGAUGGAACCCGAUUCAUCGCUUUACGUUUAAGGAUAGGCUCUCCCUUAGGUAUGAAGACAAACUGCCUGGGGUGGAUGUUUUCAUAUGCACUGCUGAUCCCAUUAUUGAGCCCCCAAUAAUAGCUAUUAACACAGUUUUAUCUGUGUUGGCUUAUGAUUAUCCACCAGAGAAACUAAAUGUUUAUCUAUCUGAUGAUGGUGGUUCAAUUUUUACAUUCUAUGCACUGCUUGAGGCAUCACAAUUUGCAAAAUCAUGGGUCCCUUUCUGUAGGAAGUUCAAUGUUCAGCAUUUGUCACCUGCUCUCUUCUUUUCUAAAUCAUCAAUUUCAAUACAUGAUUCAAGAUUCUCAGAAUGGACAACUAUGGAAAAAUUGUACAAAGAUAUGGAGUAUCGAAUCGAUGCGACGAUGAAACAAGGUUACAUUUUGAAAGAUAUAAAGGCAAAACAUGAAGGCUUUUCAGAAUGGAACUUCAAAACUACUUCAAAGGAUCACCAAGCCAUUGUAAAGAUACUAAUUGAUGGAAGAGAUCAAAUUGCUCAAGACAUUGAAGGAUUUGCAUUGCCUACCAUUGUUUAUAUGGCUCGUGAGAAACGCCCGAAGUAUCAUCAUAAUUUUAAAGCUGGGGCUUUGAAUGCAUUGCUGAGAGUUUCUGAGCAAAUAAGCAAUGGACCAAUCAUUCUUACUCUAGAUUGUGAUAUGUGUGCUAAUAAUGUUGAAUCAAUUAGGGAUGCUUUAUGCUUCUUUAUGGAUGAAGAGAGAGGCCAUGAGUAUGCUUUUGUGCAAUUUUCCCAAAGCUAUAGAAACAUAAUCAAGCAUGACUUGUAUGCGACUUCCCUAAACAUUAUUCAAAUAGUGAAUUUUCCUGGGCAUGAUGGCCAAGGAGGUCCAAUUUACAUAGGUUCAUGUUGCUUCCAUAGAAGAGCUUGUCUAAAUGGGAGAAAAUAUAAUGAGCAAAGUAAAAUUGAGAUGAAAGGGGAAAGACCAAAUAUUUCAGAAGCAAGUGUUAGCAUUUUAGAAGAAAGAACCAAGAAUCUUGCAACAUGCUCCUAUGAAGAGAACACUCAAUGGGGAAAAGAGAUGGGUUUGAAGUACGGAUGUCCAGUAGAAGAUGUUAUCACUGGUUUAGCAAUUCAAUGUCGGGGAUGGAAAUCAGCACAUUUCCGUCCAAAAAGAGAUGCUUUCCUUGGUCUCGCUCCGACAACACUCUCCCAGGUUCUUGUACAACACAAGAGAUGGGCUGAAGGAGAUUUUCAAAUUUUUCUCUCCAAGUAUUGCCCCUUCCUUUAUGGUUUCCGAAGAAUAAAACUUGGCCUUCAAAUGGGAUAUUGCAUAUACUGCUUAUGGGCUGUCAAUUGCAUUCCAACCCUAAUCUAUGCUGUCAUUCCUUCUAUUUGCCUUCUUCACGAAAUUUCCUUAUUCCCAAGUGUUUUUAGCUUUUGGUUCAUUCCAUUUGCAUUUGUUAUUGCAUUAGCUUAUGUGGUUAGUUUGUGGGAGUCACUUUAUUUUGGUGAAACGUUGAAGGCUUGGUGGAAUGAGCAAAGAAUGUGGUUAUAUAAGAGAACUACUUCAUACCUUUUUGCAUUUGUGGAUACAAUUCUAAAGCUAAUUGGUAUGAAUGAUUUAGCCUUUGCUAUUACUCCAAAGGUGGCAGAUGAAGAGUCUUCUAAGAGGUAUGAGAAUGGUAUCAUGGAGUUUGGGUCUACUUCGCCAAUGUUUGUGAUAUUGUCUGCAGUAGCAAUGCUUAACCUCUUUUGCUUGGUCGGAGGAAUAAAACAAGUGAUAAUAUAUGGAGUUGGAAGUUUGGGCUCAUUUUUUCUACAAUUCUUGUUAUGUGGUUCUUUGGUCGUCAUAAAUUUUCCCAUCUUCGAAGCUUCAUUCUUCAGAAAUGAUAAAGGAUGCAUACCCAUAAAUACCACACUUUUAUCAGUUGCUUUAAUUAUAGUUGCUUAUUUCAUUUCUAUUUUGUAGGGGAAUGAACAUGUUAUUAGUGCAAUGGAAAGGCAAUGGCAGACUUUGCUUGUAAAAUCUCUUAGGAUUUGAAUGAUGACUCCAUGAUUGUAUGAUUAUGUCUCUAA